UUAAGGAGCUUGCCCCAUCACCUUUUGUCUGUGUACUGAACACUUGUAAGGUGUCCAUUUCGUUGCUGUGUGCUGUGUUUAACUACGUUCUGGCAAUGGAGACAGUGGAGAUGAAGGUGAUCAUUAUAAUGAUAUCGCACUGGAUUUUCUGUGGUGGAAUGAAUGAGUUCUACUCAUCAACAGAUCAUAUGACACAGCUUAUUGAUUUAAAGAAGGAUUUUUCUGAAAGUCUUGAACACUACAUCACAGCUUUGGAAAACCAGACAAACCUACUCAAAAGAGCUUUUCAUGGCCUUGAGACUGUUUCUGUUGAUUCCUCUGAAGACCCUGAAAGGUUCAUCAGCAACCCCCUCACAGCAUUCAGGCUUGUGAGACAUCUGAAGAAUGCAGGCACAGCCAUUGAAGAAGUCGCCAGAAGAAACCUCUCAGAGGAUUUCAGUGCCCUGAUGUCAAAAGUUGAUCUGCUCCCCAGUUACACUGAUUUAGAAGGGGUAGUAAUAGCCAUGCUUAGACUGCAGGACCUAUACAAACUAGAUCCACAGAAAAUGACUGGAUUGGAAAAUACUUUGAACCUGGAUCCAGAUGAAUGUUUCCAAAUUGCUGUGGUGGCUCACCAGAAUCAUCGGUUCCAGUAUGGGACUCUUUGGAUGCAGGAAACCCUGAGGAAGCUUGAUAAAGCUACAGAUGCUGCAGUAACCAUACAGCAAGUUCUGCAACUCCUUGCUUCUGUUCCACUUUCAGCAGGGACUUUGCCCAUUACCCUUGGGCUAAGCCAGCAUUUACUACUGCAUGAUAUCAUGGACCUGAAUCUAGCACAUCUCAGCAGGCUGGAAGAAAGUCUUACAGGCUGGAAUGAGUCACAACUCUCCAUCUCUCCUUUUGACAAAGCUCCUCUGGGUCAUCCAUGGUACAGUGACUAUGAGGCCUUGUGUAGAGGAGAAGGGACCAAAAUGACCCCUCAGAGACAGAGGAAGAUGGUUUGUAGAUACACAACAGGGGGAGGGAACCCUCGGCUGAUGUAUGCCCCUGCUAAGCAGGAGCAGGAGUGGGACCAACCCCUCAUCCUCAGAUUUCAUGACUUUUUGACCCUAAGUGAGAUUGAAGUGAUCAAAGGACUUUCCAGGUCAAAGCUUGCCAGAGCUAAAGUUGUGGACCCAGUCACAGGGAAAAAGGUUUCCACCAAAGUACGUGUGUCAAAAAGUGCCUGGUUGUCUGAAGAUGAUAGUCCAGUGGUUGCCCGUGUCAAUCAACGCACAGCCGAUGUGACUGGGCUGGAUAUGGAAACAGCAGAGGAGCUCCAGGUUGCAAACUAUGGAAUUGGAGGACAAUAUGAACCACACUAUGACUCAGCGGUGGGCACCUGCUGAUUCUGUUUUCAUGCUAUACAAUUUUAGCUGCAAAGAAUCGCAACUGUCUUGGUCUAUAUGAGUGAUGUGGAAGUGGGAGGGGCCACCGUGUUUCCAAGCAUUGGUGCAGCGCUUAGACCUAAAAUGCAAUCGGCAGUAGUAUGGUACAACCUGCUGAAGAGUGGAGAGGAAGAUGCCCGAACCCUGCACGCUGGGUGCCCUGUUUUUCUAGGCAGUAAGUGGGUUGCAAAUAAGUGGAUCCGCUCAAGGGGACAAGAAUUCAGGAGGAAGUGCUCUCUGUCCAGGACUGACUGA